GCAUGCAUGUGUAGUGUAGCAGUGCCGAAUGGCGGUCAGAAGUAGCAAUUGCGAGUGUACCCACCCAAGGAGAAAAACUGGGGCAAGGGUCAUGGAAGGGAUCCAUCUUUGAGCUCCCAGAUCCAGCUAGAACGUUCAAGAAGGGGGGCGUGGCCAGGGCAGGGCCAGGCCCCGCUGAAAGCAUAAAAGGGAGCUCGGGGCUGUAAGUGGGAAUCAGGGUCGUCUCACCGUGGAAGUCGGCCUCGUCAUCACCCGACGUCGCCACUGCUGGAUAGUCAGGCAGCUAUCCAGUCAGUUCGCGCCGUCGAGCUUGACGGUCAACGUUACGUUAUGGGCUCAGUAAGUCGUGUAGUGUGAGUACGAGUAAUAUAAAUAAAGAAGGUGCCUCGACAGUUACUGUCUCAGGAGUCCUACAUUACACAUGCACCAUGGCUUUGGUGAUUGAUACAUUAAUUUAGUGGGAAAUUAGAUGUAUAUACACGCUCCCCUAUUAAACUAGAUAACAUGCGCUGUUCACGGACAUACCCAUUGUGUUAUAUUGCUUGUGGCUCACUUGAGAUUCAUUGUAUUUUCAAAGGGAGAGUUGCAGUAACCACUGUUAUAUAGGAAUUGUCGUUGUUAUAUUGUUGGUACGUCACCAGGGCCGUCUAUAGAGAGGUGCGGGGCCCGGGGGAAAUCCCACUAUGCCCCCCCCCCACCACGCCUUCAAACGCAACCAAGAACUAUUACGACUGACACCGUGACGUCAAAGCGUGGGGCCCAGGGCGGUCGCCCCGAUUCGCAAUUCCCCAGGGAUGGCUCCGUCUGUCACCACCGGCUUUGUGUACUGUGUUACUCGGAUGGCAUAGUGCAGUGCCACACAGUAUCACGAGGCGCCACACGGAAGCACUACACUGCUGUAUGCCUUUGCAUACAGGGCUUGGUCAAAUACGCAGACAAUCUUUGUCAGGCUUAAGUACUGCAUGACGCUCAGUGACUGGUUAAGCACCUCGUUGUCAGUAGACAUUUGUGUCGCUGGAGCAUUGAUGGUAGGCAGAUAGCCUACAUUGUCGGGGAUGACCAUCAUCUCACCUCGAGUCAGGAUGUUAAAGCCUGUCCAGCUGUUGAUUGACUGGUCUUCUUGUUGUGACAUGCGUGCUAGGACCCAAAUAAGGUUCUUCUCUCUGGCUAGCUGAGUAUUGGCUACAGUAUCGGCAUCUGCACUUUUGCUUUGUGAUGGCCCCACCCGUUGUCCAGCGUUGUAAGUUGGUAACAUUGGCGGGGGUGCAUUAAUGCUUCUCUGCUUUGUUUUGGCAAGUGGGUUGGACAGGAACUGGGUUGACUGGCUUUGCUUGCACAGCAAUCCCAUUGACUCUGUGAGAUGUUCCCUCACCACUGACGGUUUCUCAAGACGAUCGAUAUUGUCCCAGGCUAAAGUUGUGAACAUACCAGGAUGUAUGUUAGCUGGUAGGGCAAUGCCAUUCCCUGAUGAUGAGAGUUUCUUAAGACACAGGGCAGUGUCGAUCUCUUCUGUCUUUGAAUAGGACACACUGUGACCAAGUUGGUUGAGGAUGUUUAUCAGCUCUACAUUCCCUGACAAUGACUUGACACUGAAUGGCAGACCAAUGUGCCUGGAAGGCUUGGUCUUUCCACAUGUCACUGCAUAAACUAUGUCAUGGCCAAAUGAUAGCAGAAGCCGCUGAACUCUAUGAGGUGCAUGAUCAGGAUCAUUAGCACCUGUGAGUAGAUAGCACAGGAAGACAAUGAGCGACUGUGGAAUGGUAGGACAGUCUGCUUCUGGUUUGACUUCAGGCGGCCAGGCUUGAGGAACAUCUUGACUCUUGAUGUCAUCUCUCAAUUUGAUGGCUGCUUUGGCUGUAACAUUUUGAGGGUCUGUAGCUCUCUUUUGAGAGACUGAUUUUCUUUGGCAAGUUCCCUCAUGGACAGGUUAUCUUGAUAGAGGAGGAAUUUUCCUUUCCCAUCAGGGAAAAUGUGCAAGGCUCCAGCAAACGCACUCUCCAGCUUUCGCCUUAUGAGCUUCUUGGUUGAUUCCUUGACUUGGACAAUGCCUAGGGAGUUCAUUGAAGCAAUUCGUCUCAAAUGAGAUCAGUCAUUGUCAUCGCUUGAAGAUUGCCAAAAAGCUCCAUCCUGAUGAAGAGGAACAGCUCAUUGUUUGACUGAUUCAUAGCAGAUUCGUACUGGGCUGCAGAGAAUAAGCUUUUCAAUGAUAUGCAAUUCAACUAGGUUAUUUUUUUAAAUGCGGAGACAAAUUGCGAUGAAAGAUGCAAGAAAACGCUAAUUUAAGGCUUUGUUUGCUUGGCAAAGUUUGUAUAAAAUCGUAAAAUCGAACUAUUUCUAAAAUAUAAAUAGUGAGUUUUCAUGAUUUUACAAUAUAUGGAAAAUAAAAAAAUACAUAAAAAUUGACAAACUGAACAAAAAUAAUCAUUUUUGCCUGUAGUACCUGGCCUUGACUAAUAAUCUUAACAUGUACUUUUAACAAUACAUUGAGGGUAAAGUUAGAACUUUGGAUAUCUUUACUGAACAGAAAUAAUACAGAAUCACCAGUACUUGCCUCACCUGCCAGUAAAUGAUCAUGAGCAAACAAUCUGCUAGAAACAGAAGGAAAACAGAUAGCGCCAAUCUAUUCCAGACUUAACUAAGUCACUUAAAUGGAAGAACAAGCGUGACUAAAUGCAAGAAUAUGUAUGAAAUACAUGCCUUGGGGACAAACAUCCAUUUUGUGCAUACAGCAGAGGUGUUAGAAUGUUUUAUUUGUAACGUCCGGGCAAAUAGACAUGAUUGCGAUAGGUGCAAAAACAGGUUUCCUGCGAGACAUUUUUUACAGCUGCUCAUUGGAAAGGUUAUUAUGUAUUAUUUUACUUCCGUUGGUGUAACAAAUAAAAUGGCACCAUUGAAGUUUUGCCACCUUGGGUGGUACCAAUAUAUGGUCUGGCCCAAAGACGACAUGACGCCAGCACGCAGUGACCUUCUCUUGCAAAUGACGUCACUGGAUCACAAACAUCCACUGUAGAACAGACGGCCCAAAUUUUUAUGGUUAAUACAGCCGCAGUAAUAGCCAGGAUCGCCGCUGGAUUUGAACCGUAAACCUCUGAAACAAGCGGUGAAAGUGCUAAUGCUGUGCCAUGUCACCAGCACUGCACUAAUGCGGUAGAGUCAAAACAAGAAGUGAAUAUAUGAGAUUCAAUACAAAAACAAUUAUGUGAAUAAAGCACUACCCUGCUGAAGAGGUCUCGAGAUUCAGUGAGGCCUUCCUGGAUGAACACGCCCAGUAACAAUGAUGAGGAUGAGGCAAGUCUCAGUUUCAUAAUUUCGGGAUACAUUUUAACAACAAAGCAUCGAAUGGGCAUCACAUCAACACAGAAUACAUUCAAUAUAUUCAACUAGAGUAUGACGUUCAAUUUUAGGGACGACGUUUUAUGCAGAGUUUUCUUGCGAAGCACUUGUCAUGUUGUAACAUGUGGCAGAUGUUCCUUAAGCAUGCUGGGGUCUUGUCGAGAAAUUACAAUGGCAUAUUAUGGCCGAAUGACACUUCGCCUAUAUGUUGCAAAUGAAAAUUACUUGUGAAAACUUUAGUUUAUAUGUUACCGUGUAUCCCGCUUUUGACUGCUGUUUCUCAUAAUUAUGGAUUUUUAUGACAUAUCUCGGUAAUUAUACAUUUUUUUAAAAAUAACUAAAUUAAAUCACGACGUUUCGGGCGCAACACAAGCGUCCGUCAUUAGGUGGGGACAACAACAGCGAAAACAGUUGCUGAGGUAUGCCAAAGAGAUGGCUCUGACAAGGGAUUAUAUAGCUGAGGAGGGUGGGGGGGGAAACGAAAACUUCAAAUCUAGAAUCUCGGUAAUUGUGUUGUGCUUUUAUAUUUUAUGUAAUUUAAUCGUAUGGCAAUACCCUCUUACAAAAUAUACAUAACUCAUUGGACUCCAAAGAUCUUGAAAUGAUUAUCAAUUAGUUUUUUUUACAGGUUCAUUUGGAAACAAUUUACAAAAAUGUAUCACGGGAUUAGGAAAUCCACUGCCAAGUGGCUAUUUCUUAAAAAAUGUAUGGCAUUCCUCCAAUUGCAAGAAUAUCCAUUUUGAAUCGGAGACGUCCGUUAUGAACUGCUUGAAAGGAAAACGGGUGUUUCUCCUUGGUGACUCCACUAUACGACAAUGGUGGGAAUAUAUCGUCCGUUUUGUUAAAGAUCUGAAACCUUUAGAUAAUCACAAACCCGGAAAGCAUCAACCAAAAAUUGCUGUAAAUGAAAGCAAUGACAUCACGUGGCAAUGGUUUUGUCACAGCUACCCAUUUAUAGCGUCGGCAAACACUUAUCCAGAAGACCUCAAAUACGUUGCGACUCGAAUUGACAACAUCACCGGUGGGGGCGACACGGUCGUAGCAAUCUCCCUAGGCGCUCAUUUCACGCCCUUCCCUCUGGAUGUGUUUCAAAAGAGAAUGCACAACAUUAAAGCGGCAGUGCAAAAACUAUUGAUCCGAAGCCCUGAAACGAAGGUCAUCGUUAAAUUAGCCAACGUGAGAGAAAACGGUGCCAUAGAAAUAUUCAAUAACUGGAGCACAUUUAAGAUUAAUCAAAUCCUGUUGGAGGUGUUUCACCUAAUGGACGUCGCAUUUGUUGAUGCUUGGGAUGUGACCGCCGUACUUAAUUCUAAGAAAAUUCACCCAAAUAACAACAUACUUAAAGUCGAACUGGAUCUAUUUUUAUCAUUUGUCUGCUCAGAGUAUGUCGCUACAGUUUAAUAGUUGCAGCAUUGGCAUGAGUAUGCAAUGGUGCAUCGUAUUGAAAGUAGAACAUAAUGUAAACAUUUCGAUUUAAAGCUUUCGUGACUGCAGGGAUUCAUCUUCUUGGUUCUUUCGGUAAAGUCACGUAGA